AUGUCCAGCAGGGUGGAUGUAUGGGACGUGCAGCGCGCCAAGGAUGUCAAGCUCGACUGCGGCUUCCGCCGCCAGCCGCUCACCGAGAAGUACGAACUCGGCUGCGCUCUCGGCGAGGGCGGCUUCGGCGUCGUGCGCAUCGUGCGCGCGCGCGACUCGGGCACAGAGUUCGCCUGCAAGACCAUCCGCAAGCGCCUCGACGUCCCCAACCUUGCGGCGGCGAAGCAGCAGCAGCACCUUGACAACAUCAAGCGUGAGGUCGCAAUCCUGCGCAAGCUGCGCGGUACACUCAACGUCGUCUAUCUGGAGGAGGCCUACGAGGACGACGAGGACGUGCACAUAGUGCAGGAGCUCUGCCGCGGCGGGGAGCUGUUCCACCGCAUCGGGCGGCGCCACUACAGCGAGCAGACGGUGGCGUCAUUCAUGCGCGCGGUGCUGCGGACGCUGGCGCAGUGCGCCGCAAACCGCAUCCUGCAUCGCGACAUCAAGCCGGGGAACUUCAUGCUGCUGACGGAGGCAGAUGACUCACCUCUCAAGGCCAUUGACUUUGGCCUGGCGGUGUUCUUUGACCCCAAGCAGCUGCCCCGCACUGACCUGGGGCUGGAGGGCACACCCUGGUACAUGGCCCCCGAGGCGCUCUCCUCCGCCGUGGAGCCCGUGAGUGACGUCUGGGCCGCGGGCGUGAUGGCCUACCAGCUGCUGAGCGGCAAGUUCCCCUUUGACGACUGGCAGCACCCGGAGGCGCCCAGCCUGUCGCUGGUGUGGCGCAGCGUGCUGACGGAGGUGCCGCGGUUCAGCGGGAAGAGCUGGGAGGGCAUCAGCGACGCCGCCAAGGCGUUCUGCAGGAGGGUCCUGGUCAAGGACCCCCGCAAGCGCCCCAGCGCGCGCGAGGCGCUGCAGGACCCCUGGCUGCUGGGCAACGUGAAGCAGCGCUCGCGGGGCGCGCAGCUCAGCAGCGUGGUGCAGCGGCUGCAGCGCUACAACCAGCAGAACGUGUUCAAGCGCACAGCGCGCUGCCUUUUUGUGCGCACCCUGGACAGCGCGGCCCAGUACGCGGGACCCUUCGCGCCGCCGCUUUCAAUUUGUCCAUGA